UUUCCUUGUGAUCCACGCACAGAUGUCCUAUGCGAGAGGAGGUGGAGGCGGAGGAGGACACGGUGGAGGCGGUCAUGCUGGAGGUUUCGGAGGAGGAGGUCGAGGAGGCGGAUUCGGAGGAGGGAGAGGUGGUUUCGGUAGAGGCGGAUUUGGAGGACGUGGUCCAGGAUUCGGUCGUGGCGGCUUCGGAGGACCAGGUCGCGGAGGCUUUAGAGGCUUCGGAGGAUAUGGCGGAUAUGCCCGAUAUGGCGGCUAUGCUGGAUACGCGGGAGUUCUUCCGGUGCCUCUCCCUGUACCUUAUCCCGCAACCUAUAAUCGCUGCUACUACGAUAACUACUAUUAUAAUUACUACUACUGCUGAUAUGAUACGGUUAUAGAUGGUUUAUUUAUACAAAUUACAAUCAACACGUUGCUUUA